AUGAACCCUGGAAGGCAGCUAUGGGUUAGCCAACCAGGCCGGCAACCGCGUGUGGCCCGGGACCAAUCAGCGGCCGGGCUGGCUCCAUGUGGGAGGGACGUUGGAGAGAUUUGGGGAGAUGUGGGGAUGCUUGGAUGCGUGGAUCUUGGGGAGAGAUGGCAGAUGGGAGAUGGGAGACUUUGCACACUCCCUACCAGAGAUAUUACUGCGACUGAUGAUGAUGAUGGUGAUGCUGACGCGGCACGUGCUGCUCCAUCGUCCAGUCGCUGGUAG